AUGAACAAUGAAUCCAUGGUGGCUGAAUUUAUUCUGCUUGGACUCUCCAGUGUUCCAGAGAUGGAUGCUGCCCUGUUCUCUGUUUUUCUCAUUAUGUACUUAAUAUGUAUGACUGGAAAUCUUGCUAUAAUCAUUAUAGCAUGUGUAGAUCCUGCAUUAAAUACUCCCAUGUAUUUCUUACUUGCUAAUCUGUCCUUCCUUGAUGUUGUUUGCACAACCUCCACAAUUCCUAAUAUGCUGGUCAACUUUUUUUCUGAAAGUAAAGUUAUAUCUUUUCAAGGAUGUGUUGUUCAGAUGUUUGUAUUUACUGCUGCUAUGGACACGGAGUUCCUUCUCCUGACUCUUAUGUCACUUGAUCGUUACUUAGCCAUUUGCAACCCAUUAAGAUACAAAAGCAUCAUGAGUAAACAAGCUUGUAUUUGUAUGUCUGCUGUUGUUUGGUCUUUUGGGUUAUGCAGUUCUACUUAUCAUACAUCAAGCACUUUUCGCUUAUCUUUUUGUGCCUCCAACAAGAUCAAUCAUUUCUUCUGUGAGAUCCCACAAAUACUGGCACUAUCGUGUUCUGAUACUCAUAUAAAUGAGUUAGUUCUUAUUGUUACAGAUGUUAUAUUGGGGGUGGUCUGCUUCGUUCUUAUCUUUAUGUCUUAUGUAUUUAUUAUUAUUGCAGUAUUAAAAAUUCGCUCCGUUGAAGGAAAGAAGAAGGCCUUUUCCACUUGUGCUUCUCAUCUCACAGUUGUUGUGUUAUUUUAUGGGACAUUAAUCUUUGCCUACUUUAGACCUUCAUCAGGUAACUCUUCAAACACAGAUAAAAUUAUUGCAGUUCUUUAUACUAUUGUUAUACCAAUGUUAAAUCCUCUUUUGUACAGUUUAAGGAAUAAGGAAGUUAAAGAAUCAAUUAAGAAAGUUAUUUUUAGACAAAAUCAUAUAAAUCAUUAA